AUGCGACCCCCACCUUCCAUAAUUCAAAUUAAUAAGCUUUUAGGAUCAAUUGCCAAGGCUAAGCAUCAUCGCACUGCUAUCUCACUUUUUGCACAUGUGGAGCUCACGGGAUUCGCACCUGAUUUAGUUUCCCUGAACAUCUUGAUCAAUUGUUGCUGCCAGAUGGGUCAGAUGCAUUCGGCUUUUUCGGUAUUGGGGAAGAUUUUCAAGAUGGGCAUUCAACCGGAUCUCAUAACUAUGAACUCCCUGUUGAAAGGACUCUGUAUUAAGAAAAAGAUUGAGGAAGCGCUGGAAUUUCAUGACAAACUAAGGUCCAGAGGAUUUCAGUUAGAUAAAAUAUGUUAUGGGACCUUGAUCAUUGGGUUACAUAAAACUGGAAAAACAAGGUGUGCCAUCAAAUUGCUCAAACUGAUGAAGAGACAGGGAAUCAAGCCUAGUUUGUAUAUGUAUAAUGCAAUCAUUGACGGCCUUUGUAAAGAUGGACAUGUAACAGAGGCAUAUGAAUUGUGUUUUCAAAUGAUUGAGCAUGGGGUUUUGCCAGAUAUUAUUACUUUCAACUCUAUUGUUCAUGGUUUCCUUAGCAUGGGGAAGUGGCAAGAAGCUACUCAAGUUCUCCAUGAGAUGGCAUUGAAAGACAUCAAAUUUGACGUUUAUACUUUUAAUAUAUUGGUUGAUGCAUUUUGUAAAGAAGGAAGAAUAAUAGAAGCCCAAACUGUGUUUGGUAUGAUGAUGAAAUGUGGUGAGAGACCUGACAUGGUAACUUAUAAUACUUUAAUGGAUGGCUAUUGUGCGGUGAAUAAAAUUAAUGAGACAAAGGAAGUAUUCAAUAAGGUGGUUCAAAGUGGUUGUACUCCUGAUGUAGUUUGUUAUGGUAUCUUGAUCGAUGGGUUAUGUAAGGUUAAAAUGGUUGAUGAAGCUAUGGAUUUCUUUGAAGAAAUGCGUCGCAAAAACAUUAUUCCCAAUAAAAUAAUUUACAGUUCUCUUAUUGAUGGUUUGUCUAAAUCAGGGAGAAUGCUGGCUGCGGAAGAACUAUUUUUUGAGAUGCUUGGCCAUGGUCAUACUCCUGAUAUAAUCACAUAUAAUAUUUUAUUAGAUGCAUUUUGCAAAAGCGAGAAUCUUGAUAUGGGGAUUGCGUUAAUCAAGAAAGUUGUUGGCAGAGGAAUUUGGCCUUGUGUAUACACAUACAGUAUACUUAUUGAUGGUUUGUUUAAAGGUGGUAGGCUAAAUGAUGCGCGAGAGAUAUUUUGGUACCUUUCAAUGAAAGGCCGUCUUUUAAAUGUCUGCACUUAUAACAUCAUGAUCCACGGCCUUUGUAGAGAAGGCUUGCUUGAUGAAGCUAUGGCCUUGCUUCCAGAAAUGAAAGAGAAUGGCUGUCUCCCUGAUAAAAUUACAUGUCAUAUACUUAUGCAAGCUCUUUUGGAAAAAAGUGAGAAUGAUAAGGCAGAGAAGUUUAUUCAUGAAAUGAUUAGUAAUGGUCUUCCAAUACGAUAA